UCUCUGCUUUUCUCUCAAUUCAAAGUGACUUCAUCAGAGUCUCUUACAAACACUGAUAUGGCUUCUGCAAACUUUCUGCCAUCUGAAGAUCAGUUCCUGUGCUCCGUCUGUCUGGAUGUGUUCACUGAUCCAGUCACAACACCAUGUGGACACAACUUCUGCAAAAAGUGCAUCAAUGAUUACUGGAAUACCAACAACCAGAACAUGUGUCCACUGUGUCAAAAGGUUUUCUUCUCAAGACCUGAGCUGCUCGUCAACACCUUCAUCCGUGAGAUGGUUUCUCAGUUCAGACAGUCGACUAAACGGAAAGCUCGGAGCUCAAGGAAACAGGUUGCCAAACCAGGAGAAGUUCCCUGUGACGUCUGCACUGGAACCAAACUGAAGGCCCUGAAGUCCUGCCUGGUGUGUCUGGUCUCCUACUGUGAGACUCACCUGGAGCCUCACCUGACAGCUUCACGCCUGAAGAGACAUCAGCUGAUGGACCCUGUGGAGAACCUGGAAGACAGGAUGUGUCUGAAGCACGAUAAACCUCUGGAGCUGUUCUGUAGGACCGACCAGACGUGUGUCUGCAUGCUCUGCACUGUGUUGGACCACAAGAUGCACAAUGUUGUUCCUCUGAAACAAGAAUGUGAAGGAAAGAAGGUGGAGCUGCAGAAGACAGAGGCUGAAACUCAGGAGAUGAUCCAGAAGAGACGCCUGAAGAUUCAGGAGGUCCAACACAACGUGAAGCUCAGUGAGGAAGAUGCAGACCGAGAGAAAGCAGAAGGUGUUCAGGUCUUCACUGGUCUGAAGGAGUCUGUGGAGAGGAAACUGAACGAGCUCAUCACUACGAUAGAAGAGAAGCAGAGAAGCACCAAGAAACAGGCUGAAGACGCCAUCAGAGAGAUGGAACAGGAGAUCUCUGAUCUGAUGAAGAGGAGCACUGAGGUGGAGAAGCUCUCCCUCUCUGAAGACCACCUCCACCUCCUCCAGAGUGUCCAGUCCCUCAACAUCCACCAUCCACCACCCACCAAGGACUGGUCUCAGGUCAGUGUUCCUCCAGCAUCACAUGAGGGGACUGUGAGGAGAGCUGUGUCUCAGCUGGAGGAGACGCUCAGUAACAUGAUGAAGACGCUGGUUGAAGUGAAGAUGAAGACGCUGGUUGAAGUGAAGAUAAAGAAACUGGUUGAAGUGAAGAUAAAGAAACUGGUUGAAGUGAAGAUGAAGAAGCUGGUUCCUGAAACUGAGAUGAAGAGGGUCCAGAAGUUUGCAGUGGACGUGACUCUUGAUCCUGAAACAGCUCAUCAUGACCUCAUCCUGUCUGAUGACGGGAAACAAGUGAAACGUGCUCAGGUAGAGCAGCCACGUCUCCCCUACAAUCCACAGAGGUUCUCUCACGGUCCCUGUGUUUUAGGAACACAGAAGUUCUCUUCAGAAAAACUUUAUUACGAGGUUCAAGUUAAACAAAAGACUGAAUGGAUUUUAGGAGUGACCAGAGAGUCGGCCAACAGGAAGGGACAAAUCACACUGAGUCCUGAGAAUGGUUACUGGACUAUACGGGUGAGAAAUGGAAACGAGUAUAAAGCUCUUGAUGAUCCUUCAGUUGUUCUCUCCCUGAAGUCUGGGUCUCAGAAGGUGGGAAGUGUUUGUGGACUAUGA